AUGGUUGGGGUUCCCGGACGGUCCAAGGGCUGCAACACAUGUCGAAAACGCAAGAAGGGAUGCGACCUUCAACGUCCGUCAUGCGGGCAGUGCCUGAAGGCUGGAAUUAAGUGUGCGGGAUAUGAGCGGAAACGCAUCUUUGUCAUCGUCUCGCCCGACAAGAGCUCAAAGAGUGGUGUCUAUAUCCCGGCGGCGACCUCCAUCAUCCAGGCGCCGUCCCUCUCACGAACUGCGUAUGAAGAGAAGAUAUUGGACAUGUUUUGGGAUGGAUACAUGCCCGAAGCUCCUCUGUGCUCUACGGGAAGUCCUAUCGUGAGGUUUUCGCACUCAGAUUGGGCGACGACAGUUCAAGGUCUUUAUCGAACCGACCCCGCGCUGCGGCAAGGGUUAUUGGCCAUCAGUCUGGGAACCGUGGGCCGUCGAGACAGAAAGCAGUGGAUGAUAGACGACGGGCUCAAAUUCUACUGUCAAGCAUUGGGCGAGCUCAACUCGGGCCUGCGACACCCUACGAGAUGGAGGUCUGACGCAUUGUUGGUGGCUUCGAGGAUCCUUGGCUUGUAUGAGCUACUCUACGGCGCAGACGACAGAGAAAGACGAGGUAUCUCUCAGGCCCAGAGCUGGGAAGGUCAUGCCAUGGGAGAGAUGGCCUUGAUGGUGCAGCGGGCCCCAGAGAACCAUCUCUAUGGCGAUGCGCAUCAGUUGUUCUGCUCUGGACGAGUUCACUUGGCGAUUUCUCACAUCAAACAACGACGGAGAUGUCCCCUGAGUCAUCCUAUCUGGAAAACGGUACCGUGGAGCGUCAUCCCAAAAUCUUCCAAAGACGCGUUGGUUGAUGUUUUUGUGGAUAUCCCGGGUCUUCUAGAAGACCUCGAUCGGUUGCGUGACUGCGAGCCCGGAAAGGAGAAGGAAGCAAGACGCAGGAGGCUUGUCGAUGAAUGUUGGCGUCUCGACAGAGAACUAAAAUGGUGGCUGGACAACUUGGGUCCGACGCAGGAACUCAGGGAUCUCCAGGCGAAGGGAUUCGAUAACCCGACAACCUGCGACGUCGUUGUGACUUCAAUCAUGACACUAUUCUGGACGACUUGUAUCUUGUCGUAUAGCACUCUCCGUCUCGCCCUUGGCCCGAAACCAGACUUAGAACUUCCCGAAAGGACAAACCCACGGAUAUACUGCACCAAAAUCGCCAAUUCGGUUGAGGUUUUAUUCCACCCGAUGGCAGGGACUUUCGGUAUUUCGAACGCCCCAUUGCCGAUUGGCAUGUCGCUGGUGUACUUGAACUCGACAGAGGAGGGUUUCCACUCUGCAGAUAAGUGGAAGCUAGUGAGCUUCUUCGGUAGACAGGCAAAUAACGGCAUCGGAAUUGGGAAAUUUCUAAUAAGCACACAGAGCGAUGGAAUAGUACCAAGAGGCUCUGUUCAGAUUCCAUCACCCGAAGUCAUUAAGGCCAAGGCGAAGAGGUGGAUGGGGGCUGUGGAGUAG